AGUCCAAACCCAAGCACUCCUUCACCAAAAUCCCACACACUUCCAUACAUCUCUCUCUCUAAACCCCAAUACUAAAGAAAGAUGAAAACAAAUAAUCAGUUGGAAAAGAUCAAAAGAGAUCAAUUAUCAGAAGAAGAUGAUCAAAUUUGGGUUUAUGAUUCUUCUGUUGAUCAUAAAGGAAACCUUCCCCUUCGUGCUUCCACCGGCGUUUGGAAAUCUUCCCUCUUCAUCAUCGCUAUUGAGUUCAGUGAGAGGUUGAGUUACUUUGGAAUAGCAACAAGUUUGGUGAUAUAUCUUACAAAAGUCAUACAUGAAGAUCUUAAAACAGCAGCAAGAAAUGUGAAUUAUUGGACAGGUGUCACCACUUUAAUGCCUUUGUUUGGUGGUUUCUUAGCCGAUGCUUAUUUGGGUCGUUUCUCCACUGUCCUCAUUUCCACUGUCAUUUAUCUUUUGGGGUUAUCUUUGCUUACAUUGUCAACUUUGGUACCAAGUUUAAAGCCAUGCGGUGGUGAAACAUGUGAGGAGCCCAGAAAAGUACAUGAAAUUCUAUUCUUCACAGCAAUUUACUUGAUCUCCAUAGGAACUGGAGGCCACAAACCAUCUCUGGAGAGUUUUGGGGCCGACCAAUUUGACGACGACCACCCCGAAGAAAGAAAGCAAAAGAUGUCGUUUUUCAAUUGGUGGAACUCUGGUCUUUGCGCUGGUGUUAUCUUUGGAGUGACUUUAAUUGUGUACGUUCAAGAACAUGUGGGAUGGGGAAUGGGUGGCGUGAUUCUCACUUCGGUUAUGGCUAUUUCUCUUGCAAUAUUCCUUCUUGGAAGGCCAGUUUAUAGGUUCAGGGCACCAUUAGGAAGCCCUUUAACUCCUCUGCUUCAAGUUAUUGUUGCUGCUUUUAGGAACAGGAAAUUGGGUUACCCUCCAAAUUCUUCUCAACUUCAUGAAGUUCAAAGUGGUGAUAAGUUUCAGGGGAGGCUCUUGUCCCAUACCAAGAAUCUCAAAUUUUUGGACAAAGCUGCGAUUGUUGAUGAGAGAGAUAAUUCAGAAGAGAAACAAGGAGCAUGGAGGCUUUCAACUGUUACAAGAGUGGAGGAAUUAAAGCUCGUCCUAAAUAUGAUCCCAAUUUGGAUUACUUCUUUACCAUUUGGAAUCUGUGUUGCACAAGCAUCCACAUUCUUCGUUAAACAAUGUGGAACACUCGACAGAAAAAUUGGAAACAACUUUGUUAUCCCUGCAUCCUCCAUGUUCUGUUUGUCCGCCAUAGGCAUGAUCAUCUCUGUCGCCAUCUACGACAAGCUCCUCGUUCCACUCCUACGAAAAAUCACAGGCAACGAACGAGGCAUUUCCAUCCUCCAAAGGAUAGGAAUUGGAAUGGUUUUCUCUUUCACCACCAUGGUCGUCUCUGCCCUUGUCGAGCGAAAGCGACUUGACCAUACCACCCAUCCAAUGAACGUCUUUUGGUUGGCCCCCCAGUUUUUUAUAAUUGGAAUUGGAGAUGGAUUUGCUCUUGUGGGACUACAAGAGUACUUUUAUGAUCAAGUUCCUGAUUCUAUGAGAAGCCUUGGGAUAGCGUUUUAUCUAAGUGUCAAUGGUGCGGCAAAUUUUUUUAGUAGUUUCCUCAUAACAAUUGUGGAUCAGAUCACUAAGAAGAGUAGUGGCAAGAGUUGGUUUGGGGAUGAUUUGAAUAGCAGCCGUUUAGAUAAUUUCUAUUGGCUAAUUGCAGGAAUUGUGGCUGUUGAUCUGUGUGUUUAUGUGUUCUUGGCGCGUCGUUAUACAUAUAAGUCUGUGCAGAAAACCACGGUGGCUGAUUGCCACGACGUCAAGGGUCGAGACGUUAGUUCAGCAGUUUGAAAAAGAUUCACGAAGUUAUCUAUUAUUGCUUUUUAGUAACUUAUUAUUUUGAGAAAAAAAAGGUUUGCUUUUCCUUUUCUAAUUAUGUGUAUGUGAAGGCUUUUAGACUUGUAGUUAAUCUAGAUGUAUGUAAUUUUUCGUCCUCGUAAAAAAAUUUAAUAGUAAUUGAAUUCAACAA